AGCCCUGUCAGCUCUCCACAGUUUAGGAGAGCCUCAAGGACUCCUGGGACAGCAUCUAGCGAGGCUUGUAGUUCGUAUGGCUGGGGCACGGCAGCUUUGGUGGGCUGCUCGGUCAACCUCAUCCCCUUGAAUGGUCUUCCACCUAUCCUGACAUCUACUGGUGUCAAAGGAGAUUACACUGUGGAGGAGCCCUCUGAGACACUACUCAUUCAGGAGCUGGAGAGUGGCAGACCAAAACCACUGGUGUUUGUGCUCAAUGCUAAUCUUCUUGCUAUGGUCAAACUGGUCAAUUAUGUGAACCGGCGGUGCUGGUGCGUAACCACAAAGGGCCUGCAUGCCGUGGGGCAGGACGAGGUGGUGGUGCUACUGCAGUGUUCCCCUGAAGAGAAGACUUUCCCCAAAGACAUCUUCAGCCACUUCAUCCAGUUGUACCGGGACAGCCUCACAGGAAAGGUGGUGAAGCACUUGUCCCUGUCCCUGUUUGGGAGCACUUUUUUGGGCAGUACAGACCACGCAGGCCUUCUCUACGUCCGUGCCACGCACCAGUCGCUCCAGGGACUACCUCUGCCCAACCAGCCUUACCUCUUCGGCCUGCUGGUACACCGCGCAGAGGUGGCUUGGGCCAAAGCCUUUCCUCUGCGCCUCAUGCUGCGUUUGGGGGCAGAGUACAGAUUUUACCCAUGUCCUUUGUACAGUGUGAGAUUUAGGAAACCUUUGUUUGGGGAGAUUGGUCGCACUAUAAUGAGACUGUUAGUUGACUUUAGAAAUUAUCGUUACAGCCUUCCAACAGUACCGGGCCUCACUGUGGAUCUCGAAGCUCAGAGGACAUGUAUUAAGAUACCCACCACCGGCUAUAAUGAGAUGAUGAGGGCUCUAACAAAAUCUAACGAACAUGUGCUGGCCAUUGGGGCGUGUUUUAAUGAGGGCGCAGACUCUCACCUUAUCUGCGUGCAGGGGGACGAUGGCCAGUACCAAACCCAGGCAAUCAGCAUUCACAAUCAGCCACGCAAAGUCACUGGAUCAUGUUUCUUCAUCUUCAGCAGUGCCCUAAAAGCCUCUGCAGGAUACCUUGCCAAGUCCAGUAUUGUAGAAGAUGGCCUCAUGGUGCAGAUCACCGUGGAGACUAUGGCAGAACUGAGGCGGUCGCUACGGGAGAUGAAAGACUACACUGUCACCUGUGGAAAGCUCGACCAGUCAGAGAGCCAGGAGCUUGUUUGUGUACAGUGGGUGGAGGAAAAAUGCAGAAUCAAUAAGGGCGUUAUAAGUCCAAUUGAUGGGAAAUCUAUGGAGUCCAUUAAUAGUAAGAAAUUGUUUCAGAAGUCUGAGUACAAAGAGAAUGGAAAAAUUAUCCGGUGGACAGAAGUUUUUUAUUUACAAAGGGGAGAUCAUGGUAAAGGAGACAUGCCAGAAACUGCAGAACAAAAUCGGCUAACGGAGCGAAUAGCCAGAGCAUUUUGUUUGGCGCUGUGUCCACACCUGAAACUGCUCAAAGAAGAUGGCAUGGCCAAACUAGGGCUACGCGUGACCUUUGACCCUCAUGAGGUGGGAUUUGUGGCUGGGAGCAAUGGACAGCCACUCCCAGCUCAGUACCUCAAUGCACUGGAUAGUGUGCUUAUUCCAGUUAUACACAGUAGGGGGCGUAAAAGAAGCGACGAGUCUAUAGUCAUGGAGCUUAUUUUUUACAUACUUGAAAAUGUCACUUAAGAGUUGCAUUAUGUCUUCCUAACCACAACAUUUGAGCUGCCAUAUGGUUUCAGGGCAAUAAAAGCAGCGCAUUUAAAUGGAAGACUGACCACAUCUGAUGGUUUGGCCCUUUUCAUCCACAUUACAACACUGUGGUUUUCUGAGACCACUCUGCCCUUUGACAAUCAGGGUAUGCAUGACACUAAACAGGCCUUUAGAUCAGGGCACUGCACUGUAGACGACCUCAUACAUAGCUGAUCAUUGAUAACACAAUGUGUAAAACCUUUAAUGAGGGAACACCUCGAACUACAUGCAAAGAGAAAAGUGAAUGACUUUGAAGUACUGUAUGCAGAUUUGUAGCUAAUUUAACGCACACUGACCGAAUGCUUAUGAAUGUUUUCUUACUGGAUGUAUUUUACUGACUGCUUCUGCGAUGCAUUCUCAGCUUGAAAUUAAAAAACUAAUGAAGUAACUCAAUGAAGUUCAUUUCAUUAAAAUAUUAUAACAAGUA